UGUGGCAGAUCACGUGGCCGGCGCGCUUGCUGCGGGAAGGUAAAGCAGUGCUGGGAGCAUACUGGGGGUCAUGCCGCGGGGUCGUCUCUGCGCCUGCGCCCUGCCGGGAUGCUGAACCUUGCGGCGCUGCUGUGGCGCCGGCUCCUGCGCAAGCGCUGGGUGCUCGCCCUGGUUUUCGGGCUCUCGCUGGUUUACUUCCUCAGUAGCACCUUCAAGCAGGAAGAGAGGGCUGUGAGAGACCGGAACCUCCUCCAGGUUCAAGACCGGGAGCAGCCCAUCCCGUGGAAGGUGCAGUUUAACCUAGGGAACAGCAGCCGCCCCAGCAACCAGUGCCGGAACUCCGUGCAGGGGAAACACCUCCUCACUGAUGAGCUGGGCUAUGUCUGCGAGAGGAAGGACCUGCUGGCGAAUGGCUGUUGCGAUGUCAGUGUCCCCAGCACAAAGCAGUACUGCUGCGAUGGGUGCCUGGCCAACGGCUGCUGUGAAGCCUACGAGUACUGCGUCUCCUGCUGUCUGCAGCCCAGCAAGCAACUUCUCCUGGAGCGCUUUCUCAACCGGGCAGCUGUGGCCUUCCAGAACCUCUUCAUGGCAGUUGAAGACCACUUCGAACUGUGCUUGGCUAAAUGCAGGACUUCCUCCCAGAGCGUGCAACAUGAGAACACAUACCGAGACCCCAUAGCCAAGUAUUGCUAUGGAGAGAGCCCGCCUGAACUCUUCCCUGCGUGAGGCCCGACGGAGAUAAACACCCACAACCAGUCUGGUCCACUAGAGUAAUGAAGGAGAAAGCCACGCAAGGCUCCUUGGCCUUGACCAUGUCUUGUGGCUUCAGGGGUCUCAGGCUCCCUCACCGACAGCUGGAGCAGAUGGGAAGAGCCAUUCUAUAGAGCAGGCUGGACGAGGUCCUGGCACCUUGCAGGGCCCUGGGACUGCUGGUCAGAGGCCAGGCGCUUGCUUCUGUUUUGAUCCUACAUUGUAGUUAUUUAUUGACAUUUCAGAGUGGUGGAAGGUGGGCUUUUUUGUGCAGGACACCAUUGCCUGUCCUGAUGAAUACACUGGAGGAGGUGACUGUUGCUCUCAACUCCUGAGCGUCACAAGUUGCGUGCAUGCUCCUGCACCAGAUGAAAGUUUGUCUCCAGGAGUAUGAGUAUACAGACUCAGUUCUGGUUCUGUUUUAACAUCUGCCCAGCAGUUCUUGUAUUCAUAUCGCAACAUUCAGGGGUGCCUAAAGCCUCAGGGAGUGCUGGUCCCCACUGAGCCUUCGUAGAGCUGCCUCAGCAUGCUCAUAUACUGAAAUGGUAGAUAGGAAGCCUGAAUCCCUGGCUGAUUCUUCCAGUGGAGUUUGCCGUCGCUGUGUCUCCUUGAAACCCCUCAGUCUCCGCUGUAGGGGAGCCUUUCCCUUGUCUGUCACAGAAGCCAGUGGGGACUGGUGAAUGUGUGCGUGUGCAGUGGCCAUUCAUUCUUGGCUGCUUCCGCUCCUGGUGGUGUUUAUAAGGAAAAGCCCCAGCUCUCGCUCCAGCCUAUAGCAAGUUUCGCAUCCCAUGGUGGCAUCAGUCUAGAGAGCGUCCCAAAGGCAGGUCUGUGUCCAGUGCCUGCAGGAGAGUUGUUACCAGUGA